AUGGUGUUUAAACGUAAAAAACGUCCAGAAAUUUCAAAACCGACUGAUUUUCAACAUAUUCGUAAGACAUAUUUUGAUAUAAAUAGUCAGACAUUAAAAGAUUUACCACCACAAUGGACAAGUAUAUUAACAGAUGAAGAUAUAUCACGAACAGCUAUUGCUGCAUAUGAACGCCAAAGACAACGAGAACAACAGCAACAGCAACAACAACAACAACAACAACAAUAUUCAAAUCAACAACCACGACCAAAACCAUUAAUUGGUGAUCCUUGUUUUUUAACACCAUCUGAUCUUGAAUAUCUCAAAUCUCAAACAAUUGUUCGUGGUUCAGGAUCAAGUCAACAAACAUUAACUAAUCAUCGACAAACAUCUCCACCUAAAAUGUCCAAUGAUUAUACUUAUCAUUCUCAUAAUCAACUCAUACAAAUUCCACGUAAUACUCAUCUUGAUCGUCUCUAUAAUAUUAAAUCACUUGAUUCAUCUACUGACAAUCGUAAACCAUCAGUUCCAAAUUAUCAGAAUGAAUUAAUACUUCCAUCAAAUGGAAAAAUAAAACAAGCAACAUCACCUGCUGUUGUUACAACUCGAGAAAAAAUUGAUGGAAAUACAAAAUUAUCACUUGAAGAUUUCGUUUUUGCAUUACAAAAAGUUGUUAGCCAGUCAGAUCCUCGUACAAUGUAUGAUCAUUUUGUUAAAAUUGGUGAAGGAUCAACAGCAAAUGUUUACAUAGCUAUUGAUAAACAUUAUGGUACACAAGUUGCUAUUAAACAAAUGAAUAUAACUAAACAACAACGAAAAGAACUGUUAUUUAAUGAAGUAAUGAUUAUGCGUGAUUAUAAACAUCCAAAUAUUGUUGAAAUGUAUGGUUCAUAUUUAGUUGAUAAUGAAUUAUGGGUUGUCAUGGAAUAUCUUGAUGGUGGUGCAUUAACUAAUUUACUUGUAACACCCACAGGUGAAACACAAAUGAAUGAGCAACAAAUUGCAACUGUUUGUAAAUCAGUACUUAAAGCACUAGCUUAUCUUCAUUCGAAUGGUGUUAUACAUCGAGAUAUAAAAAGUGAUUCAAUAUUACUUUCAACAGAUGGUUUUGUUAAAUUAAGUGAUUUUGGUUUUUGUGCACAAGUUAUGAAUGAGAAAAAAGCACAGACAAUUAAAAGAAAAUCAUUAGUUGGAACGCCUUAUUGGAUGAGUCCUGAAGUUAUUUCAAGAACACCAUAUUCAACUGAAGUUGAUAUUUGGUCAUUGGGUAUUAUGGUAAUGGAAAUGAUUGAUGGUGAACCACCAUAUUUCAAUGAACAACCAUUAACUGCAAUGCGUAAAAUUCGUGAUCAACCUCCACCAAAAUUAAAAAAUCCUCAUAAAACUUCAUCACUUUUACAAGGUUUUCUUGGUCGAUGUUUAGUACGUGAUCCAUCUCAACGAGCAACAGCUAUUGAUUUACUUGAUCAUCCAUUUCUUCGUCAUGCUGGUAAUCCAUCAUGUCUGCAAACACUUUUAUCAGAGCAAACCAUUGCUAAAGGAAAUUUAUAUGUAUCAUGA